GUUAAACCAGUAGAAAUGUUUAAAAUUUUAACUAUUUUUUUAGUGACUUGUUAUGCUUUCGGUAUAUGUGAUCGGGAGUGUGGUUUAGAAAAUAUAGUUUGCAAUGAUUCUGCUAAAUUUAGAAGCAUUGAUGGAUCCUGUAAUAAUUUAAAUAACCCAAUUUGGGGUACAAGCUAUUCAGUAUACGAUAGACUACUUCCACCUAAAUAUGGAGACAGUAUGCAUUCUUUUCCAAAAGCACUUAGUGGUAAAAGAUUGCCCAAUGCACGGAAGAUGACAACUAAAAUUUAUUCAAAUUUUAUGCCCGAAACCAUUUCACAGAUCAGCCUAAGUACCAUGCAAUAUGGAAAUAUAGUGGCCAAUGACAUGAGUUUUACAUAUUUGCCUUCAAGUAAUAUCGAUUGCUGUACAGAAAACUUGCAACGUUUGGAUAAAAAAGACGAGCCUAAAGAAUGUGCACCAAUUCAAGUACCAAGUGAUGAUCCAAAAUUUAGUUUUAUAAAUGCCACUUGCAUAUCAAUGACACGUACAAUCACAAAUAAGGAGAAAAAUUGUUCACAAUCUCUAAAACAUAACGAGCAGUUGAAUCAAGUGAACAGCUACUUGGAUUUAUCAAUUAUUUAUGGAAACACUCAUAAAGACCAUAAAACUAUUAGAUCUUUUCAAAAUGGAACUCUUCUGGUAGACAUCAGAAAUAACUAUGAAUGGCUUCCAAGUACAGGUUCAGACAAGUCACUCUGUGAAGGAAAUUUAAAUUCUGAUGAAAUCUGCUAUCGCUCAGGUGACAAAAGGACUAACAUGAUUCCCCAGCAAACCUUAUUACAAACCCUGUUAGUUAGAAACCAUAAUCUUAUAGCAAGAAAUCUUCAAGAAAUAAACCCAAGUUGGAAUGAUGACAGGCUAUUCGAAGAAGCUAGACGUAUCAAUAUUGCUGGACACCAAUUUAUAUCAUACUACGAGAUGUUACCUUUAUAUCUUGGAACAGAAAAUCUCGUAAACAGAAAAAUAUUGUACGAUACUGAUGGGUUUGUAAAUGAUUAUGAUGAAAACAUGAGACCACAUAUACUUAAUGAACACGCUCAUGCAGCUUUUAGGCAAUUUCAUUCUCUUAUUGCUGGAAAGUUGAGUGCUUACAACCCAGAUGGUUAUUCAUACGAUAGUCUUGUACUUAGAGACCAUCUAAAUCGUCCAGCGGCUUUGGAAAAGUACAAACUAUUUGACGGAUUACUUAGAGGAUUGGCAAUGCAAAAUCAAAUGGAAUCUGAUAUUUACUAUGAUCCAGAAAUAACCCAAUGUGCCUUCUUACAUCGGUUGAGGUUUAGAGGUGAUAUAAAAUCUUUGGACAUCCAAAGAUCCAGAGAUCAUGGCAUUGCAUCUUAUAAUGACAUGAGGUCUUAUUGCGGUAUGAAAAAAGCAAAACAAUUUAACGAUUUUUUGGAUGUAAUGGAUCAAGACAAAUUGGAUCUUCUGUUGCCAUUUUACGAAUCACCAGAUGAUGUAGAUUUAAUAGUUGGAGGAUCAAUGGAACGAAACGUAGAAGGCACUUUAGCAGGUCCAACUUUUCUAUGUAUUCUCUAUGAGCAAUUUUACAGAACCAGACGAAGCGAUAGAUUUUGGUUUGAAAACGAAGCUAACGGUUUAACAUUAGAACAACUGAAAGAAAUUCGAAAAUUUUCUGUUUCAAAAUUAUUUUGUGACAAUGGAAAUAACAUUACGCUUAUGCAGAGACAAGGAUUUUUGCCAGUUUCAGAAAGAAAUCCACGUAUAUCAUGCAAGGAUAUUAAAGGGAUAAAUUUACUAUUGUGGAAAGAAUAAUAAACGAUAGUCAUGAAUAAUAAAUUACUGUUACUGCUUAAUAUAACCAAUAAAAAAUAGAAACAGAAAGAAGUUUUAAUAAAUUUUUUGAUUAUUUAAACAACUCUUUUAAAAACGUUGUUAAUGAUAUAUUAAUUUUAUUUUAUAAUUAAAAGCUUGAAAGGAGGAUAUGACUAACAAGGACAGAGAUAUAAAUUAGGUCGGUGAUAAAUACACAAGCUUGAGUUAAAUGUAAAUUUUAAUUUGAAGAAAAAUUAUUUCCAAAAUUAUAAUAAAAAGUACCUAACUAAAUAUUGAAGCUUGCAAAACAUUAAAGUUUUUCUCUGUAUAAUCAAGUCGAAC